AAUUAUGUUAUGGCUUCUUGAUCCUAGUUGAAUGGGAACGAAGACGAUUCGUUUUAAUUCGUGCCACAAAAUAAAUAAAAAGUACUCGAGGUUGCAGAAUAUUUCGUUUUUUGAGGAAACUCUUCUCUCAUGGAAAAGUGGUGAAUUUUUUAGAAUAAUUUGCAUGAAAAAGGAACAAGUAAUUUUCAAAAUCGAAAAAAAUGAAGCGACUGGAACGGUGUAAAGGAGAGGCGAGUUAUCACAAAAUUGAGUCGGACACGGAUGGUGAAAGCAGUCCAAAUUCUUCCGGCGUGGUGACGACGUCAACACCGAAAAAGCGGAGCGAUUCCGAGCAAUCGAGAAAUACGGAGGAUAAAGUGUGUCAAAUCUGGGAGGAUUUUGACCACUGGAUUUCGAACGAGUUUUCUCCUCCCGCUGGAAACAGUGGGGAUCAAGAUAACCACGCCGACGACGAGCAGAUAAGCCGUGAUGACAUUAUCAGUCAUGCGGGAUCAUCUUCUGCGCAAGUGGAGUCUGUUUUUGGGGGAAAUGAGAGGACCGGGAUUCAUGGAGCGGGCAUUCUUUGCCGAAACCCGGGUUGUGUUCGUCACUCAUCUUCAUGCACGCUGUUAUCACAAAAUAAUCGGAAUAAUGAUGAUGAUGCCAUCCAAAGACAGAGAGGAUGCUACAGCUUGGACAUUUGUGACCCGCGUCCUCUCCGAUCAUCGAAUAUGGACCCUGGCCCCACCAUGUUCUCCGUUUCGCCAUAUUUGGUCUCCAUUUUUGUCCUUCUAGCGACAUGUGUUUUCGUUUUUGCAAUAUUAAUUUUGUGGUCGACUCGCUUCUAUGAAAAUGGUUCUACCACAAUUCAAAAUUGGUGGAGUCCACGACCCCACGGAAGAAAUAGUGGGGGUUAAUUUAUUAAGAGGAAAUUUAGUAAAUAUGAAAUAAAUACAGGAAUAAAUUAAAAUGUGAA